UCAGUGUAGUGCGCGCGCGCGCCUCGACGCCAUGCUACUGAUUGCUCUCGUCUUUUUCGCGAGCAUCUUGGUACAAGCUCGCCCUUUCAACAUAACCCACCUGAUAGUCCCUGAAACGGUGCCCCCAGGGCAAGAAGAAGUGGAAAUAGAGUGCAGAUACGACGCCAACUUCACUCUACUCAACUGGUUUAAAGGUGUCCAUGAGUUCUUCAGAUACAAACCUGGUUCGGCCCCAACAACGAGGUCCUUUCCUAUCCUCGGCGUAGGAAGAGUCGAGCUCAUCGCUUGUGGACCGACAGCUUGCCGUCUCAAGCUCGGAGCUUUGACAGAAGAUGCUACAGGCUUAUACAAAUGUGACAUAGAACGUGAUGCGCCGCCUUACAGAUUCGCAAGCAGAAAAGCGUAUAUGGAAGUCCACGGGCAUGUGCAUAGGAAGCCUUUGCUCGAAGGAUUAGCCGAGCAAUUUGGAGAAGGUGAAGAAAUGAAAGCGUACUGUAGGGGAGCGCCUGACACGGAACUUCGCUGGUACAUAAACGGUAGGGAAUUGGAGGAUUUGCGAGGUUCAACGGUUUUGAAGAAAUAUAGUUCGAGAUUGCUGUUCCUAGGAAUACCACCUACGGUGACUGUUCAAUGUGCUGAAUUCAAAUUUGGCAAGCUCUACGGUUCCAAUCAAGAGAAGGCGCGAUGGAAAGACUACGGAGGUCAAGACGAGAGGCCGCAAGAACAAAGAAAUAAAUCUGACAUAUUGAAAGUGCAUUCCAUAUUUGUUUGUAUAUUAAGUUUAUAUUUGUUAAAGUUGUGAAAUAUUUUAUGAUAUGAUUGAAUUGCCAAUGAAAUUAUCAGAUAAGUAAUAAGUUCCUCGAAGCAAAUGUGAAAUAUUAUACGAGUAAAAGAUGUAAUUUUUAUUAUUAUGCUUUAUCACUUUAAUAAGAUAUAAUCAAAUCAAAAAAAUAGGUGUAUAUUCUUAUUUAGGUAGGUAUACAUAAUAUAGAUCUCUACAUUUUUUCAAAAUAUAAAUAUGAUGUAUGAAAUAUAAGUAGUUAUAAAUCG